ACCCUAUAAAAGGCUGGUGUCAAGUCAUUAGAUUAGUCAUUAAAUUAACUCUAAACUAUGCUGACCGACGAGUUUCUAAGUCUGCAAGCAGUCUACUUUCGACUUUUGGGUUUCGAUAUACUAAAAGCGGAUGGAAAUUGUGGAAAACCAUAUCUUAGAAGAACCAUUUGUAGUAUUUUCUCGGUGAUUACAUUUCUGCCCCUUACCAUAGCAUUUGGUCUACAUAAUAUACACAAUUUGGAUAAAUUAACCGACUCUCUAUGCUCUGUACUGGUCGAUUUAUUGGCUCUCUAUAAAAUUGGACUCAUAAUUUAUUUGUAUAAGGAUUUUCAACAACUCAUUGAAAGGUUUCGCCACGUCCUUGAAAGGGAAUGUCUACAAAAAGAUUAUGCCGAGAUUGUCACAAGGGAAAAUCAACGUGAUCAGUUAAUAAGCAGAUUGUAUAAGAAUUGUUUUCUUUUAGCUGGACUCUUGGCUUGCCUGAUGCCUCUUUUAGGUAUGUUCAGCUCAUAUUGGCAAACUGGUCACAUAGAGUCAAGAAUAUUACCCUUUCCGAGCAUGUAUCCUUGGAAUAAUGGGCAUUUACUUUUUUACUUAGUUGCCUAUUUAUGGAAUAUUGCUGCCGCCUUGGGCGUUAUAUUGCCAACUGUGUGUGUGGAUACACUAUUCUGUUCGCUGACUCAUAAUUUGUGUGCACUAUUGAAAAUCGUUUCGUACAAAAUGCUGCAUUUGGAAGACAACCAUUUUAGGGAAUCUGUAGAGGAACUGGCACACAUUUUCCAUUUGUAUCAGGAGUCCUUAAGUCUUGGCUAUGCUUUGAAUAGCUACUUCAGGCCACUCAUAUGCACAGAAUUUCUGGCGGCUUCAUUGCAUUUGUGUGUCCUGUGCCUUCAGUUGUCCAACAAUUUGAUGCAGCCCGGUAUGCUAUUCUAUGGUGCAUUCAUAAUCUCCAUACUGGUUCAAGUUUCCAUCUAUUGCUAUUGCGGUGAACGUGUCAAAACGGAAAGCAGAAGCUUUGCCUGGGCCAUCUAUGCGAGCAACUGGCCUGGGGUAUAUAAUCCAGGCAUUGGACGUUCGUUACAGAUAUCCAUGAUGCGUUCCCAGCGUGGCAUUCACAUUGAUGGUUACUUUUUUGAAGCCAAUUUGGCUACACUUAUAUUGAUUGUACAAAAGGCUGGAUCAUAUAUAACGCUCUUACGUUCGGUCACUUAAAAUUGUAUAAUCUGUAAUCAACUUGAUUGUGUGUAAAUUGUUCACUGAUUAUUAAAAUCAAACUUUAA